AUGUUCUUUUUCAAUAUGUUCUUCUUUAAACGUCUUACUUAUAACACUCGUAGAAAUUGCGAAUACUUUAGUUUUUGGUGCUUAUGUGAGCUCGAAUGGGCUGGGGACCGGAAGGCACAUAAAUUAGGUCCCUCGCCGGUCCCACGGUCGUACAUUCCCGGUCCCCUGGCCCUAGAUAUGCCCUACAUAACCGCUCAUCAGGCCUCGGAAGAUGGGGCCGACAUCCAUCCAGGAAUGGAGCAGGCCUCGGAAGAUGGGGCCGACAUCCAGCCAGGAAUGGAGCAGGCCUCGGAAGAUGGGGCCGACGUCCAGCCAGGAAUGGAGCAGGCCUCGGAAGAUGGGGCCGACGUCCAGCCAGGAAUGGAGCAGGCCUCGGUCGAUGAGGACGACGUCCAGCCAGGAAUGGAGCCUGGCCACAUUCUCUUCCUCGCAAACGUACUUGGGCACCUUACGAUCCAACACCUUACAUGCUUUGGAAACGCGGGCAGCUGCUUCACAAGGACCCCCCUAUUUUAUGUGGGGCAUCAAAAUGCUGUCGUACUCCGAUAUGGCUAUCGGAGUACGGCAGAUUUGUUUGAUGUAGGCAGCAGGCCUCGGAAGAUGGGGCCGACGUCCAGCCAGGAAUGGAGCAGGCCUCGGAAGAUGGGGCCUGACGUCCAGCCAGGAAUGGAGCAGGCCUCGGAAGAUGGGGCCGACGUCCAGCCAGGAAUGGAGCAGGCCUCGGAAGAUGGGGCCGACGUCCAGCCAGGAAUGGAGCAGGCCUCGGAAGAUGGGCCUGACGUCAAGCCAGGAAUGGAGAUGAGCCCCAUACUGAUCAAGGGUAGCGGACCCUAA